CUGUGCUGCAAGUCUAGGCAGACUUUUCUGUUCUUCAGCAUGAAGGCACCACUUGGAAUAUCCAUGAGCUCCGAUUUCCCACACUACGGUUUCAAGAUGCCAAAUAUAGGGUUCCAGAACCUUCCUCUUAAUAUCUACAUUGUGGUCUUUGGGACAGCCAUCUUUGUCUUCAUCCUCAGCCUCCUCUUCUGCUGCUACCUGAUCAGGUUACGGCACCAGGCACACAAAGAGCUAUAUGCAUACAAACAAGUCAUUCAGAAGGAAAAAGUCAAAGAGCUAAACUUGCAUGAGAUAUGUGCGGUGUGCUUGGAGGAGUUCAAACAGAAAGAUGAGCUGGGGAUCUGUCCAUGCAAACAUGCCUUUCAUCGGAAGUGCCUCAUUAAGUGGCUGGAGGUGAGGAAAGUGUGCCCGCUGUGCAACAUGCCCGUCCUGCAGCUCGCCCAGCAGGCCGGCACCACGGAGCCCCCAGUGCCCGUCCAGCAGCCCCUGCCUGGCGCCGAGAACCUGGUGUAGCGGAUGCUGAGCCCCUCUCGGAAAGCAGCCGGCAGACACACAACAAACCACAUCCCAACGCUCACACCUUAAACAGGUACCCUUUGGUGGGAGGGUGUGAACUGACACAAACUGGAAGAACUGAGCAGAAGCUCACAAAAACUGAGAGUCCUCGGUCGUCAUCACCUCUUUUUAUUUUUGCAUCGGUUACAAAAAUAAAAAAAUAAAAAAAAGGAUUUCCUUUAUGUCAGCACCAAGUGGCUGAUAAUCAGCUGUUCUUUUAAUUUUAUUGUAUUUACUUCAUGGACGAUGAAUCUAGAAGAAGUUUCUUUUUGUUACUUUUUCACAACCAAAGCGCUUUUCUGGAGGGCACCAGCAAAAGACGAGGAAGAAGAAAACACAAAAGCCAAGAACUUCACUACACUAAGAUAUAUAUAUAUAUUUUUUUUUUUUUUUUCAUUUAAAAAGCACUUUAUGAGAAGGCAAAAUCUUGAUUGCUUAGGCCUAAGGUCAUGUGUUAUAUUUUAUUUCUUCCUCUUUUCUGUGUACAAAGCAGAUGAACAGGUUUUAAAACAUUACAGAUCUACAUAAAUCUCAAAGGGACAACUCUGGAACAGUUUUGUCUGCUUAAAUGUGAAACGUUUGCUUCUGUUACCAUCGCCCAGGCAUUAUUCUGACUAAUCCAGUUGUCUGCAAAAUUUAGAUUUCAAGUCAAAAAUACACGUUCAAAGGUCUUUGAGCUGUUUAAUAGAAGUAACGCUUUUAGUUUUUCAUUGCCCUUUUUUUCUGUUAAUGUCAUCAGAUUAAGGUUUAUGUAAUUCAGAUGAAAGCAGGAGACUUUUAAGUAAAGCUGUGAAAGUCACUUCACGGAUCCUGCAACAGAGUUGAUUUUCUGGAACACAACAGAAUGAAAAUGAAAAUGUGCUGUAGUGUCAGCUAUUUCAUCUCUCUUGCCACAAAUGUGUAAAUCUAUUUAUUGUCACUUCUUUUUUUUUUUAUUUAUCUUUUUUUACUUUUUUUAAUACCGCUGCAUUUAGGAGCACGAGUCAGUGAACUGGCACCAGCACCACCAGUCCUGGCCUCAGCGUGUAAUCAGCAUAUCCUUUUUGUGGACGCACAUAGUACACGCACAUAAGGGAGCAGCUGGAGCUGACCCUCCUUUCUCUCAGCUACACUGCCAUAGUCAGUGGUCAGCAGGUUGGAGUGAACCAGGGUUUUCAUUCAUGCAAACACACAUUGCCGUUUAUCCUUUUUUCCUGCUUUUUCUCUGCAGUCUUCUGGUGCUUUCGCCUCCCCCCUCCUUUCUGUAUCGGUACAACAUGCUUUUGUUUCGUGCCACACGUACUCUGAGCCAUGCUUUUGUGGAUACAUUUUGUCCUCUGGUUAGCUGAAUUUGGUGAAUUAGUUGAAAGGCCUCGCUGUGAACUCCCCCACAGGCCCCCUUCUGCUAACAUUGGUGGGCUAAAAUAGCUCACUGAGGUUUGGUAAUGAAAUGUUUUGUGGCUUCGGUUUGGUAAUCAGCGGGAUUUAGAGAGCAUAAUGAUAGUAUUUUUAACUGAUAGUCCUUACAGCAUGUUAUAAUCAACCACAAGAUGAUGAUAAUGUGAAAUCAGAAGUUUGGCACCCAUCAGAGCUGAUAAUACUCACAUUGGAAACCUACUGUCCUGACAGUGAAACAAAUGAUACAUUCUGUAUCUUGUGGUCAUCUAUUAUUAGGCCAUGGCCACAAUUAUCUGCUUCUCAGAAAUUACCACUCAGUAACAUUUCAAUCCCACACACUUGCAAUUUAUGGUUAUGACUGAAUUAUCUAUUAAGUAACUUGUGACCACACAGUGAUACUUUUCCCACAAAUGCUACUGGGAGCGCCGCUCAUUCCACAGAGACAGACCAAAAAUAAGUUUGAUUCAGGCUGUCAAUCUGUGGUCUGACCUGUUUUAUGGAAAUAAAAGCUAUUUGUCUACAAAAGGACAAAUAACAUUAGACUAUAUGUUAUUUGCGGUAGUCUCCAUGUCCCAUUAUCUUUUCCACAAAUAAAAAUCUGAAAAGUGAGUUGUUUGCAUUUGUAUUCAGCCCCACCAGUCAUUCAUAGCCACUUUUCUGUGCAGCUGCAAGUCUUUGUGAAUCUUUUUAAACCUCAUUUUUGCCGAUGUCGAUGAAUCGGCUUCGAUCUAAACCACAGGCGUCAAACUCAAGACUUGCUGGCCAAAUCUUGGAAUCUGUACUCCUGAUCGUCACAUAAAUUGAACUUUAACAUAACAGUUGUGUGCUUAAACAUUGUUUCAUCAGUCAAAUCCAAUCAGCUUUCAUUUGAAUAUGACCAAAUUAAAUCAAUGUAAAAAUUGUUACAUUAUAAGUAGUACUAAUCAUACACAGUUGAAAGCAGUAAUAUUUUAAGUUUGUUAAUGGGCAGUUUUACAUUCUGCCACAGCUUUGAGUUGUCCUUUUGAGGACAUUCCUGAUCUUGAUCCGGCCCAAAAACAAAAUGAGUUUGCCAAUCCUGAUCUAGCAUUAUUUAGUGAUAUCAGAGAAAAGGGGGAUGAAUAUAAAUGAAUACCACACUUUUCUAGACUUGUCUUCUAGUUUGCGUCGGUCUCUCUCAUGACAUCCCAAUCAAACCUGACAAAAAUGUUGCCUUUGAUCUUCUAAGGGUAUGAAUACUUUGGCAAGUUGCCAUCAGUGACAUCACCAGAUAUCCCUCUCACAAGUCACUGAUUGUGUCUUUAACACCAUCUUGGUCCUAUUUUCCUUUCGGUUUUCUCUUUGCAUCCUCGCCACAAAGCAAUUAUCUCAACAAAAUGUCUCUGGCUUUCGGUUAGACAAUACUACUCUGACAAAUGUCUCAUCUCUGCCGAAUGUCAACCAACACACAGAGGACUGGACCUUUCCUAGAUGAAAAUGUCGGCCGAUACUCUGGCAUUAACUCAACACAGAACAUCCAUCCAUCCAUUUUCUGUUCACCCUUGUCCCUUAGUGGGGUCGGGAGGGUUGCUGGUGCCAAUCUCCAGCUACAUUCCGGGUGAGAGGCGGGGUUCACCCUGGACAGGGUCGCCAGUCUGUCGCAGUCAACACUGAACAAUUAACACUAAAAUUUACCGAGAAUCUUUGCACCCAUGUUAGCCUUAGUUGAACAAAAACAGUUGCAAUAACAAAGAAAGAUGUAUUUUUGAUGCAUCUGUGGUGAACAAAAUGACUGCGAUGCCUUUCUUCUAGCUUGGCGUGUGAUGUGUUUUGGACAUGAAGAGGCUGGGACUGUUAAUGUUGCAGCAUGAGGGAGCAGAUCUUCCAUUUUACCGCCAUCCAUACAACCUGGCUCUCUUCCAUUCUAACAACUCAAGUCUUAAGGCUUUGUUUACUGAUCUGCCUAUGGAUCUCACAUUAGAAGGAAAUGUUUACUGUGAAUGCAUGAUGCUUUGCAAACAUUUUCUCUCACCCUUUGCUCAAUCUAAGACAUUCUUGUUACAGGAUGAAUUUCCACUAGAGUCCUUCAUCUAAACCCCACGGCAGCUAGCACUUGCUGCCAUUUGUCCGCCUUCGUCAUUGGUUAUUAGACUUUUUUU